CUAUGUCCCUCUCAUCUCAUCGCAUCCUCACAACUCACAACUCUCUCUGUCAGCCACAACCAGCAAUGGCGAGUCUACCGAGCACCAUGUUCAGCUCCGUGCCCCUCCAUAGGGCAGCGGUGGUGGGCUCCACCACCAGGCUCCGCUCCCUCCCAAAAUUGAGUCUCUUCGGGGUGAAAGUGAAAGUCGGGCGAGGGGGCGGAGCAACGUGCAUGGCGACGUACAAGGUGAAGCUGAUAACACCGGAUGGAGAGGCGGAGUUCGAGUGCGGGGACGACGUUUACAUCGUGGACAGGGCGGAGGAGGAGGGGCUGGAGCUGCCCUUCUCGUGCCGCGCCGGAGCCUGCUCCUCCUGCGCCGGGAAGGUGGUCAGUGGCGCCGUGGACCAGUCCGACGGAAGCUUCCUCGACGACGAGCAGAUAAAGGAGGGAUGGGUGCUUACGUGCGUCGCUUAUCCCACCUCCGACCUCGUCAUUCAAACCCACAAGGAGGCUGAUCUCUCCUUUUAAUUCACUUGUAUUCUCAAUAUUGCUAUUUAAAUUAGUUCAUUAAUCUCAGUUAAUUUCUAAGAUCCCAACUACUUCAGUCUUUUUAGUUAAAGAUGGAUAAGUUUCAGGUCACUCCACUGCACCUUUUGUAUUUAUUUUGGAAUGUAAAGUAGGAGAGAGAGACUAAUACAGAAGAAAUGCUCCUCUUACUCUA